CGCGAAGCCUGGAGCACUUCCGCCCUGUUGUGAAGUGGGUGUCUCGGUGGAACCUUGGGGAGCAUUGCCUCUCCUAGGAGCCCCUUGAAGGACACGCCUUAGAUGCAGGAAGACGUUGAACGAGGACAGCCUAGCUGAAGCGAGGUAUCCUGGACCGACCAUGGCCGUGGCCCUAGAACCCCAGACCCAGGCCUCUCACCAGCCAGAGCCUGAAGAACUCCUGAUUGUGAAACUGGAGGGGGACUCGUGGAGAUCAGAAUCCAAACUCCGGCAGGAGGACCGUGUCCCUGUCCCUGGCCCCGAAGCCUCUCGCCAGCGCUUCAGGCAGUUCCGGUACAGGGAUGCGGCGGGACCCCACGAAGCCUUCAGCCAGCUCUGGGCGCUCUGCUGUCACUGGCUGCGGCCAGAGAUCCGCCUCAAAGAGCAGAUCCUGGAGCUGCUGGUGCUGGAGCAGUUCCUGACGAUCUUACCCAGGGAGGUCCAGGCCUGGGUGCAGGAGCACCACCCUGAGAGUGGCGAGGAGGCCGUGGCCCUCGUGGAGGAUUGGCACCGAGAGGUCCAGGCUGUGGGCCAGAGGGAACUGGACUUGUGUGCAGAAGAGGCCAGGUCCUUAAAGGCAAUGCAGGAAUCUCAGCCUUGUCAGCUGCAGCCGGCAAAUCACUGGCCCAAGGCACAGCGCCAGAAGCAGUGGGUGAAGAAUUCAUGCCCUGACCUUCCCAAGCAUCUAGACACCAAGAUGGUGCCGCAGCCCUUGAAGGAGAGCGCUGUCCUCACUCCCCGAGUCCCUGCUGUCCCAAAGAUGGGGAGUGUUGGAGAUUGGGAGGCGACAGCCGAGUCCCAGGAAGCUCUGGACCCUGGCAAACACGCUGAGAAGGAGUUCUGCAAGGACCCCCCAGGAGACGGGUGUGGGAGCGGCGUGCCUCUAGGAGUUCCAGUUUCAAAACCAAGUAUCAACUGCCAGCAAGAGCAAGGACCAGAACUUUGGCGUCCAAGCUUUAUAAAUUCCGGAAAAAGGAACACAGCAGAUUAUAACCCAGGUAAUGAGCAAACAACACCAGCUCAGGCAUUGGCCUGGAGAGACUCAAAGGCCUGGGAGGAACCAUACCAGUGGGACACAGAGGACAUGAAGGUGUCGGGUGUGCACUGGGGCUACGAGGAGACCAAGACUUUUCUGGCAAUUUUGAGUGAGUCUCCUUUCUCUGAAAAGCUCCGGACUUGUCACCAGAACCGCCAGGUGUACCGGGCCAUUGCAGAGCGGCUGAGGGCCCGGGGCUUCCUGCGGACCCUGGAGCAGUGUCGCUACAGGGUCAAAAACCUCCUACGGAAUUACCGGAAAGCCAAGAGCAGCCACCCACCAGGGACGUGCCCCUUCUAUGAGGAGCUGGAGGCCCUGGUGAGGGCACGGACGGCCAUCAGAGCCACAGACGGCCCAGGAGAGGCUGUGGCACUCCCCAGGCUGGGGGAUAGCGAUGCAGAGAUGGAUGGGCAGGAGGAAGGGGGCUGGGAGCCUGAGGAAACAGCAGAAGACUGUGAUGGUGAUGACCUGGCCCCUGAUGAGUCCAUCCGGGAGCCCAGGAUCCCAGGGGGCCCAACUCUGUUCCAGAGUCGUAUUGCAGGUGUGCAUUGGGGCUACGAGGAGACCAAGGCCUUCCUGACCAUUCUUAGUGAGUCCCCAUUCUCUGAAAAGCUUCGCACCUGUCACCAGAACAGCCAGGUGUACCGGGCCAUUGCAGAGCGGCUGUGUGCACAGGGCUUCCUGCGGACCCUGGAGCAGUGUCGCUACAGAUUCAAAAACCUCCUUCGAAGCUACCGGAAAGCCAAGAGCAGCCACCCACCAGGGACGUGCCCCUUCUAUGAAGAACUGGAUUCCCUGAUGAGGGCGCGGACUGCGGUCAGAGCCAUGGGAACCCUCAGGGAGGCAGCAGAUCUCCCUAGGUCGGGGCACAACAGUACUGAGGCUGGUGACCAGCAGGCCUGGGAUGAGAUGGCAGAUGAAGAUGCCAUCAAAUCUUUAGCCUCAUGUCCUAAUAUCCCAGAUACCGGGUUUGAGAUGAGGCCCAAGGAUGAAGACCAGAUUUCGGAGCAGGACAUUUUUGAGGAUUUGCCUGGAGCCUUAUCAAAAUGCACUAGAGAGGAUGUUUGCCACCCUCCUGACUGGGGGCAAGACAGUGAAAAUGAAGAGGAAGGUGAAGGGCAGUGGGGAAACACCGAGGAGCAGUGGGAAGAAUGUUCAUCUGAAGAGGACUUAGAAAAACUUAUCGACCAUCAAGGCCUGUACCUGGCAGAGAAACCCUACAAGUGCAAUACAUGUGUGAAAAGCUUCAGUCGGAGCUCCCACUUCAUUGCCCACCAGCGGAUCCACACAGGUGAGAAGCCCUACAAAUGCCUUGAAUGUGGGAAAAGCUUUAGUGAUCGCUCCAACCUCAAUACCCAUCAGAGAAUCCACACUGGGGAGAAGCCCUAUAAAUGCCUCGAAUGUGGGAAAAGCUUUAGUGAUCACUCCAAUCUUGUCACCCACCAGAGAAUCCACACAGGCGAAAAGCCCUAUAAGUGUGGGGAAUGUUGGAAAAGUUUCAACCAGAGCUCAAACCUCCUGAAACAUCAGAGAAUCCACUUGGGAGGCCAUCCUGACCAUUACAGUGAGCCUGGGGAAAACUUGGGCCUAAGCUUAUCCUUCAGUGCUCACUGCAGGAACGCUGCAGAAGAGACGUCUCUUCAACAGCCUCAGAGCACCAGUAAGAACUUGAAUUCUGGCCCACACAGCACCAACUCAGGGGAAAAGCUCUACCAGUGUUCUGACUGUGGGAGAACCUUCUCGAAGAGCUCUGCCCUCAUUAGUCACCAAAGAAUCCAUACGGGAGAGAAACCAUAUGAAUGUGCCGAAUGUGGGAAAAGCUUCAGUAAGAGCUCCACGCUGGCUAACCACCAGCGAACCCACACGGGGGAGAAGCCGUACAAGUGUGUGGACUGUGGGAAGAGCUUCAGUGAGCGCUCCAAGCUCGUCACACACCAGAGAGUGCACACAGGAGAGAAGCCCUACAAAUGCCUUGAGUGUGGGAAGUUCUUCCGUGAUCGUUCCAACCUCAUCACUCAUCAGCGGAUUCACACAGGAGAGAAGCCUUACAAGUGCAGAGAGUGUGGGAAGUGUUUUAACCAGAGCUCUAGUCUGAUCAUUCACCAGAGGAUCCACACUGGGGAGAAACCCUACAAGUGCAUGGAGUGUGGGAAGGACUUCAACAAUAGCUCCCACUUCAGUGCCCACCGGAGAACUCACAUGGGAGGGAAAGCAUCUUAGGAGACCCCCGCCCCCCUUGCCAUAGCAAGAGAGAAAUGUAUAUUUAACUCUUCUCAUCGUAAGAUAUAUGCUAGACACUUACCCAGUUUUUAAGCUUGGUGUAUACCCAGGAAAGCUGUCUUGGUAUGAUCCAGGUUAUUUGGAAGUGAAUUACAAAUGCAAAGGAUCCAGAUUUGAAGGCACUUUCUUUUCUAAAUUUUUAAAAAUUUUUAAUGUUUUAAUUUUAAAAAUUUUUAAUUUUUAAAAUUUUAAUUUUUAACUUAAAUUCAAUUUCGUUAACAUACACUGUAGUAUUUGUCUCAGGGGUGGAAUUUAGUGAUUCAUCAGUUGCAUAUAACUCCCAGUGCUCUUUCUAUUAAGUGCCCUCCUUCAUGCCCAUCACGCAGUUACCCCAGCCUCCAGCAGCCCUCAGUUUGUUGCCUGACGUUAAGAGUCUUUUAUGGUUUGAAGGCACUUUUGUUAAGUGUAAUUUGUUUUUCUACUGUAAACCGCCCCCCAUGCAGUCCUCAAGCUGUCUUUACAUUUGUUGUCUUGGGAGAACUUUAUCACUGUUCGAGCCAGACUGAUAACGUAGGGGAUUUGAGGGAAAUCCCUGGUCCUGAGCAGAGAUUCCAGACCUCACUGUGCCUUUACACUGUCCCCAGGUACACACGAUGCAUUGGCAAAUUCUCAUACAUGGCAGGUUUCAGCUGGGGCGUAUCAAUAUAGAAGAACUUUGAGACUGGGAAAGCAAUCAGUGGCUUGAAGCAGACCACCAUGACCUCAGCAAAGAGGAGGAAUGUCAGUGACAUCAUCACUAAAUAUUAAAAAUAGCAAAAGUAGCCAGUAUUUAUUGAGCAUUUGCUCUUUGGCAGGCUCUGUGCUAAGCACUUUGUACACAUCCUCUCACUCCUCAUGGCAGCCUUGGGAGGAAGGUACUAAUCUCCCCAUUUCCCGGAGGAGAAACUGAGGCUUGGGAAAACUAAGUAACCUGCUUGGGUGGCAUGUCUGAAGAUGGCAGUGGCAGACUGUGUCCAGAUCUAUCUGUCUCUGGAGCCUGAGGUGCCCCUGACCAUUGUACUGAGUCCCCUUCUGCCAUAGCGUGGGUAACUCAGACCCCAAAGCACUUUGUGGGCCAUGUUUCCUACUAAAAUUCCUUUAGGAAUUCUCCUUUUAGCAAAUUCAGAAACCAGGAAUCCCUAAACAUGAAAGGGUCUGGAAUGGCCCGAAUUGGCGAUGCUUGGAGCAAGGCUGAGCUAGUAUUAAAGUGCUUGAUGUGGCUUUCCUUCUUUGCAACAGUAUGGGGAAGAGAUACAGGGGUUGAGACUGGGGAGAACAGGCAGCCACCGUGUACCUCUUCCCAUGGGAUACAGCUUCCACGAAGAAAAUGGGGUUUAAGAAUUGUCCCCUUUCUCAAGGAGUCUGUCCUCUUUGAGUUAGACUUGGCUGAGUUGAAAAUGUUAAACCUUAAACCCAGGCCAGUGUUUUCGUCUCCCCAGCCCUUUUCCUCUUGGUGGUAGCUGAGCAGAGGGUAGGUGGGAGGAGUUGCCGUGCCUACUGAGAGGGCUUUGACCACCGCCCUGCACCUCAGGUGUGGGGCACAGUUUUAUCCUGAGCCAGCUUGUGCCGGGCCUGCCCGGUGCUUCCUGAAUGUUGGCCCUCCCACAAAAGACCAGUCAGAAGGGCUCACCCACGACGGUUUUCUAAUUUGCAUACUUCGGCCUUCAGAGUUUCUCCUUAGGAGGGUUUAAAAAUAUUGACCAUGGUCUUUGGUUUCCAGAGGAUUUUAAAAGAAAAUCCUUGUCCUGACAUCUCUGCUUGUGACUUCGAGAGGCCAUCCAUCAUGCCCUGGGUAUUUCAUGGACUUGGGAAGUACCUAGCAGAUGGUGGAAGUGAUGGGAAGAGUGGAAGUUUCUAUGCACACACGGGGGAGCCAUCGGACAGUUGUGCACUCCCACAGAGUGAGAUCGCUCCUCCAGCCCUUCCUCUGCGUCCUGAGAACCAGCUCAUCCGGGGCCACUGCCUGGCAACUCCUUCCCCGUUUAACUCUCCUGGCUCACAUGGUCUCUGAGGGGCAGGGUCGUGGGUGAGCCUUGGGUAGGCACCCGCAGGUAUUUGCUGCAACAAGAUGAGGCACAGGGAGCCGUGUGAGCUGCGGGGAAGGGAGUUCCGGGCAGGGGCAUGGUGGUGUGACAGCAGGAUUCGGGUGUGGAUGGGUGCCAGAGCAGCUUAGGACCGACAGCGUGUAAAGGGAGAGGUGGGCAGUGGUGCGAGCCGAGAUGGGAGGGUGCGGGGGCAGCUUCCCGGACCUCAUGUCUGAGUGGAGCUUGGACAUCAGGCCGUGGGUGACAUGGACACGUGUGGUUUGAGUGGAGCUUAGACGUCAGGCCGCGGGUGACAUGGGCGCGUGUGGUCUGAGUGGAGCUUGGCUGUGCUGCGGUAGGGACGCUACUGCAAUAUUCCAGUUAAACAUGAGGAUCUGAACUGGAGCAGUGGGUACCCGGAAGGGGAGCGGAUGGAUCUGAGCCAUUUCAGAGGCAGCGUUGGGGACAGCAGAGGAGAGCUAGAUGCCUUGGGUGAUGGGUGGGGCAUGUCACCAGAACAGGGAACACAAGGAGGAGAUGCAGGAGGGCAGAAGAUGACAAAGUUAGUUCAGGACAUUUGAACUUAAGGUGCCUGAGGGACACCUGAGGGGCACUGCAGCAGGCAUUUGGAUGUGUGGCCUGAAGCUAGGGGACAGCUCAGGACCAGGGAGGCACCUGCGUGUGUGGGAGUUAAACCACAGAUAAGAGAGUAUGUUCAAGUCCUGGAAGAACCCGGGCCCAGGACAGAACUUGGGAUUCACCAAAGGGAGAGCAAGACGCUCCUCCAGGGAGCUCUAGACCGCUCUCCACUCCUACCCCCCACCCCCGCGCACUCCUGUCGUCUUUUGGACACUUUCCAUUGUUGCUGAUGCCUGAAUUCUCAGUGUAGUCCCAAGUCUUCUGGAACCUUCACUGUGGAAGCCAAGCUGCGCUCUCUCCCUCGAGUGUCACCAGCACCCCUGUUCUUGGAGGUGGGCUAGUGUCUCAUGCUUCCAGUGAAUGCUUGGAUAUUCAUUACCCCCUGGUCCUUUGGCGGACCAGCAGACUCAGCCUGAGAGCACAGGCGGUGUGUGCCCUCCUCCCUGCAUAACUGACAUUUUGGAGGAAGUUCUUGUUCAGGUGGCUCCUGUGUCUGGGUCCUGCCCCCCACCCCUGCUUUGCUGGGCCACCCAGACAUCCUCCAGCAGGUCUUUGCUGCUCCAGUAAAUGGACACCCUGAGCUUUGUUAACGCGAGUCUGCCCUUGAGAAGCAGAUUCACUUUGCAGCCUGGGCCUCAGGCUGUGCCCCGCGGGACAGACCCUGGUGAAGGGAAACUGAGGCAGCGAUUGCAACCGUGGCUUGUGAGCUGCGCCUUCUUACUUGAGCUCUGCACCCUCCCUCAAGAAGGGCCGAGGCUCUUCUGAGGUGACAGAGAGACACUGAAAGGCUUUCCCCUCCACAGAAUCUUCGGGAGGCAGCAGACCCGUGGGUGAGGGCAGGGAGUGGGGCUGAGGGCGCCUUUAGGUACCUGCUCUAUUUAGCCUUGACUCCAGCAGUCAUCUCCCGGUCCCGGCUGCCUCACCCUCAUUGUCCCCCGGCAGCCUCUAGCCAGGAGGAGCGGAAGGCAGCUUGGGUCCUCACAUGCUGAGAAACGUAGCAGUCAGGACCUCGGGGAAUCCUGGUCUCUCCCUGCCUCAUCUGUUCUGGGGCCAUGCUGGGGACCUCGUUGCCCUGGAGCUCCUUUCCCCUGGUCCCGGAAGGAACCCUAGGCGUAGCCUGUGCUCGGUGAGCCCGCCCUGGGCUGCCUGGAGGAAGAGGCAGAGCGCUAAGGAGGCCCCUGUUCUCAGUGUGGGUCUGUCCUCCCACAUCUCGAGGCCGACAGCUGCUUUGGUCUAAGAGUCACCUAGUAAAGUCAGGAGCGUCAGAACGGUCAAGGGCAGGAUCCAGUUAAACAACUUUGCCCAAACACACUGAACAGGCUGAAUAAGGAUUUUCUAAUCCCAGUUUGGUGCAGGAUUCUCUUGGGUUGUGUGGAUGAUUCUGAUCCUGGCUGCCAUCCGCCUUCACAUAACACUUCCUGAGGUCACAUUUGUUUUUCACAUUUUCAUUGUUGGAAAAUGCCCCAUAAUUAUGCCAUCUAGAGGGUGAGGUCCCCACAAAGGAACAGUGAGAAAACACAUGGACCUGCAAGGCUGGUUCGAGAUCACGUGAACCUAAGCAGGAGAGGAUCCACAGGCAAUGGCUAGCGGAGCCAUUGUCCUUAGAAUCUCUGGAAAGUCACCGGAGCUCAGAGAGCCCCACUGUGGUGCCAGGUGACAAUUGGGACACAAAGGGGAAAGGACUCCUCUUCUUCAUUAGAACAUGGCUUGGCUUCAGUACUUUGGGGGAUUCACAGGGCACAGAGGAGCUUCUGUAUAUUUAGAGGAGUGGAAAUGGGCGUGAGGGCCAAG